AUGGACUAUCCCGCAUUGGGUACCGUGGAGGCCGCGGCCGGCCGAGGGGCCGGGCCGUACAGCAGCAUGGAGGAGCGGGCGGGCCGGGAACCGGAUGGGGUGCGCUGCGACCGCGAGAGGGCGCGCCGCCUGUGGGAAGCGGUGUCCGGGGCCCAACCUGUGGGGAGGGAGGAAGUGGAGCACAUGAUCCAGAAGAACCAGUGUCUCUUCACCAACACCCAGUGUAAGAUUUGCUGUGCCUUGCUCAUUUCGGAGUCCCAGAAACUGGCCCAUUACCAGAGCAAAAAACAUGCCAACAAAGUGAAGAGAUACCUAGCAAUCCAUGGAAUGGAGACAUUAAAGGGGGAAACGAAGAAGCUAGACUCAGAUCAGAAGAGCAGCAGAAGCAAAGACAAGAACCAGUGCUGCCCCACCUGUAACAUGACCUUUUCCUCCCCGGUCGUGGCCCAGUCGCACUACCUGGGGAAGACCCACGCAAAGAACUUAAAGCUGAAGCAGCAAUCCACUAAGGUGGAAGCUCUUUUGAAAUGCCUUACAAACCCUUUUCUUGUGGCCUUCACCUUAGCCUUGCACCAGAACAGAGACAUGAUCGAUCCAGACAAGUUCUGCAGCCUCUGCCAUGCGACUUUCAACGAUCCUGUCAUGGCUCAACAACAUUAUGUGGGCAAGAAACACAGGAAACAAGAGACCAAGCUCAAACUCAUGGCACACUAUGGGCGGCUCGCAGACCCAGCUGUCACUGACUCAUCAGCUGGGAAGGGCUACCCCUGCAAGACGUGUAAGAUAGUGCUGAACUCCAUAGAACAAUACCAAGCUCAUGUCAGCGGCUUCAAGCACAAGAACCAGUCACCCAAAGUAAUGGCAUUACCCUUGGGCCAGAUUCCAGUGCAAGGGCAACCCAUUCAGAAAGACUCCACCACCUUUGAAAAUUAGAGAUGUUUCGACCCAGCAUUCCCGGUUCGACGAGCCAUGAGCCAGCAUCCAUGACUGGGCUUCUGUGGGCUCCCGUUGCCUCUCCUACCACGGAGUACGUAUACCUGGAUUGGACCACUGCAACCUGUGAUUGAUCCAGGCAGUUGCAGUCAUCCACCCCAGUUUGCCCCUACUUGUGUUCCUCCAUUUGGCCCGAGCCCCUAUAAUUGGACUGGGGACUCACUGGGUGGUAAAUUGGAGGAUGACCGUCCUCCUCCCCAGCCUUAUAGGCCAUAGUUGCAAGACUGCAGGACCUAGUUUUGCUCUGAAGGUCACUUUGGGACAAAUCUGCAGCUGGAGACCUUAGCUCUCCUUGGGCUCUGGGACGCUCCUGUCUUGGGAGAGGCAGGAAACAUAUGACAUUCAUGCCAGACUCUGGACAGAGUGGGAAAUGCCAGGUGAAAGUGGCUACAACAUGGUAGCUAGUAGUGAUGAAACACUCUUCCUCCCUAAAAAUGACAGCUUCUCUUGAGCCAGGACCAGAUGCUGGCCAGUUGUACAGGGUCUGCCCACUGCAAUCUCCUGGAGCAGGGACACAGCCCUAACUGAGCACUGCGCUCUCUCCUGCCCCGUCUCCAUGGUCCCUGAAUGGUGCUAAGGAGCUGCAGCAGCUGGGGGGCCAACUGGAGCCAGAGAAGGCCUUAGUUCCAGUGGGCUCAAGUGACACUUUUGACCCAGGGAUGUGUCCCCCACAUGCAAGUUUUCAUGAUAGUUCUGUGCCCUAAAGGCAACUUGCCUUAUGCCAGCCAGCCCAGGGGUCACUGCAGCCCUUGGGACCUACUGGCCCACUCCUUUCCAUGUGUAGCAGACUGCUUGCCUAGGAGCUGUGGUGCUAGCCUUUCUCUGCCAGGAGAUAUCUGGGUACCAAGGAGGCCAAAGGCGCUCCCAAGGAAGGAAUGGAGAGGUGGUACAGGUUUCUCCAGUGAGGAAGCAUCUUCUCAGGCCCCAAACUGAGAUCCUUCAACUCUGGGUUUGGUGGGCUGGGGCUGAAAGCGGAUUUCUCUUUGUUACUUUUAAGCAAGAAUUCUAGGGAGUGACACCAUCCCUGACUCCUCUUCAUAGGGUCCAAAAAGCCCCUAGUUGCUCUUGUAGCCUGCUGUCCAACUCCUCUUCCUUUUGCCUAUGAAAAUGCCUUUACAUUGUGUGUGUGUGUGUAUACACGCAUGCAAGCUUUUGUGUGUGUGUGUGUGUGUGUGUGCACGCAUGCAAGCUUCUGUGCCUCGUGGUCACUGACGCAUUCAAAUAAAGAAUUUCUCCCACGAGCCAGCCUACAACUGGGAAUUGGGGACCAUAGUGCUACUGGAUCCAGUGUGUCUGUUUUGACCUGUCACCAUCAUGCCACUCAGACUCCCAGGGCCCGCAGGUUUGACCUGGAGAGUUAGGACAGGAAGAGAUCUAGAAGUCUCCUGGGUCCCUGAGACUCCAACACCGUCCUCAUCCAUUCAGCCCCCUCCCCCUGUUGCACAGGGCCUCAAGGACAACUUAGGAGGAGUUAAGCUGGGGAUCAGCUUUCUGUUUUGAAAGGAUCACUGCAGCGUGGAGCAGGAAUGCUGGGGGCGGGAAGGAGCUAGGGAGGCCAUGGGGAGGCUCGGGCCCAUGUGGCUCUCCAGGCCAAUGACUGGGCCUCACUCCUCUGCAUCCAGUGCCCAGGGCAGGUGUCGUGUAGUCUUGAGGCAUGAAUGGGUGAGGGUGCACAAGCCGAGGUGACUUUUCCUGCUGGCCUCUUACACAGAAGUUUGUCCCGUGGGACUUAGCCCAGGCCUGAAGAUCCUUUUCCGUGGACCAGAAAGGUGCUGAGGAAGGAGGGACUACACUAGUCUUGGCCCCAGCAGCCCAGGUGGCAGACAGCCAGAGUUGAGGUCAGCACCCAGGCAGCGAGGCUCCCCUUUCCCACUCACCUGGAACCCGCAUGGUCCCAGCUGGAUGCUUGGUUUUCAGCCUCUCAAGCACGACUGCCUCAGCCAUUCCCCCGGAGUGGCUUUACAAUACCCCAGCUGUCAGAAUUGACCCCAUUCUCCAGGUGAGAAAGGAAGGGACAGGGUGAGUACACGCCAGGCCAUUAACCAGACUUCUCAGGCUGGGCUUGGGAGUGCCUGCCCGCUGUGUGCCAGCUGGUUCUGAAGGUGGUGAGGUGGAGGUGGACACUUGUCCUUGGGGAGCUCACAUACAGGUGAAAAUAACUAUGACAAUGGGUCAGAGGGUUACAAAAGGGCUUCAGAUGGUUUGUGGAAAAUGGAAUUAAAAGAUAAUGCGGAUUUAAACCAUUGAAUUGUAUGGUAUGUGAAUUACAUGUUCAUGAAAGUUACAGUUUCUAAAAUUUUUCAAUAAUGCAAGGGAAAAAGAAUUUGUCCAUGAACUUUUUGUACCUCUCAUAUUUAUAGAGGGCUCUUGUAGGAAUGCUCAGGAUGUGGGAACUAAUUUGGCAAGGAUGUGAAACAGCUGGAGAAAUUGAGAAACUAGCAUUUCAACACAUUACAUUGGAUUUUCAUGUCAACCUCUUGAGCUAAGUUGUAACUCCUAUUUUACAAAGAAAUACGCAGGCUCAAGGAACGUAGUGAUGAUUUGCCAGGGUUGCCUGCUUGGUAGACUUCUAAGCCAGGGCCCUUCCACGCUAGGUCCAGAGUCGUCCUUAGACGACUCCUGGGGCCUGCUUCCCCAGCCCCAGAGAGGGCCAUGGCCUCAGCCGUGAACAGCUCGUAGGAGCAAUGGCAACACCCACCAAGCAGGGAUGUGACACUUAAUGCUUAUUUUUCGCUCCAAGCUGCCUCCUACAGUACUCAUCAUUUUACCCAAGAUUCCCAGGAUCAUAGCUUCUGAUUAUAAUUAAGAAAACCGAAUCAUAGUGGUUAGCUAAAGAAGGGAAUGAAUUGAUUGGCAUUAUGAAAACCCCAAGGACAUGGAUAACUUCUUCUCGCUCUGCUUGCCUCUGUGGCUCGCCAAGAGCGGGCAAGAUGGGUACUGGUGGCCGCAGGCUUGUUCCUGACAGGCUGGCAGCCACAGUGGGAGAACACCUCUGCCUUUCCCAACGAACGUUCUGGGGUCAGCUCUUGAGUCAGCUUGGCCCUGCCCCACCCCUCACUGGUCACUGUGGCAAGAGGAAGGCAGUGCUCUGAUGCAGGCCUGGGUUGGCUGCUCACGUCCAAAGCCAGAGAGGUGCCCGCUCGCUUGCACGCUGACAAAGGAGUGCUGCUGCACCCCCAAAAGGAAAAGGUGGAGUGGCUGCGAGCGGGCACAAACCACUGUUGUCCACCAGACCUGAGAAUGUUUCGUUUUCACAUCUUCAUGUUUUCCCUUGAGUCUUUAAGAUCCAGCAUAAGUUUAGUAGUGGCCGCCAAUUUUUAGGAUACAACUUGAUGAACCUAUACCAUAUGCGUACUUGAUAAAACCACAUAGAUGUGUACCCCACUGGACAGCCUGCUCCAGAGGAAAGUGCAGGACCCUAAUCGUCCACACGAAUCUCCCAGGAGCUCUCUUGUCUUUAGCCAGCCUCUCCCUCCUACUGCAGUUCUGCCUGCUCUUGGACUGUAAAAAGUGGACUCAGCUCUCUGCGGUCUCAUGUUAUACCUGUAAGAGCUGUCCAUGUCAUUGUGUGUAUCAGAAGCUUAUGUUUAUCAUGCUGCAUAGUAGUGCAUUAUAUGACUACACAGUUUAGCCAUUCUGUUGAUGGAUGAUUGACUGGUUUCUGGCUAUUAUAAAUAAAGCUGCUGUGAAAAUUCC